UCGUGACUAUAGGUGCAGAUGAGCAUAGAGUGCGCACGCGUUGUAUACACAAUAUAUCUGUCGGUGUUUGCUGUCUAACAGCGCUCUAUCAGUGCUUAUAACAGUUCCGCCAUUUCUGACUAUAUCUCAGUCAUUACAGCCAAAGACACCACUAAUAACUCAUUGAAUCCAAUAUUCAAGUGAUUGUCUAACUGCUCACCGAUAACAACAACCACUACAACAACACAAUGUCUUCAGGAGUGACCGUCUCAUCGGAAGCCAAGACCGUCUACGAGGAAGUGAAAAAGGAUAAGAAGCACCGGUAUAUCAUUUAUCACAUUAAAGAUGAAAGGGUGAUUGAUGUGGAGUCAACCGGUGAAAGGGAUGCCACUUAUGUAGACUUCUUAGAGAAGCUUCAGAACUUCAAGAAUGAAUGUCGUUAUUGUGUGUUUGACUUCCCGGCAAACAUUCCGGUGGACGCCGGACAGGAAAAGUCAACGAUGAGUGUCGAUCGACUCGUACUCAUGACUUGGUGUCCCGAGAGCUCGAAAAUCAAACAGAAGAUGUUGUACUCGAGUUCAUAUGACGCCCUCAAGAAGGCAUUAGUGGGCGUCUAUAAGUACGUACAGGCGUGCGAUUUCGAGGAGGCGUCACAGGAGGCCAUAGAAGAUGCCUUUAGAAAGGGCGGCAAAUAAUUUAAUGUCAUCAACACUUUUGAGUUAUUAUCUAAAUUUAUUAUUAUUAUUGUAAGUGAAAUGAAGUGAUCGAUACUAUUAACCGAUUAAUAAAAUGUGAAAACACUGCAAAUUUUUCUCUAUUUGUCAAA